CAUCUUCUCUUCUUCUUCUUCUAGUUGUUCGGGAUGAAUCCGCAGGUGGACAAGGUGGUGAGAAGAACGACGAUGGUGGCCACUGCUGUUGCGUCUUACUUACUCCUCACUGCUGAUUACGGCCCCGAGCCUAACGCUCUUGAUCCUAUCAAACAGAGAAUAGUGUCAGCUCAAGAUUCUGUCAAGGACUUCUUCUUUCCUUCUUCAAAGCACAAGUAACAAGCCACAAAGCAAAUAUGUUUGCUGAACACCCACUUUCAUCAGUCUUUUGUUCAUUUGUCUCAGUUUCUCUCUCUAGCGCUUUCAUAGUGUCUCCACUCUACUCUUUAGACUAUAAGACAUAAUGUUCAUAAUAACAGCUCAAGUCAUAUGUUGAUUAAUUUCUUUGAACCUUUGCCCA